GUGUUGUAUGCCUGGAGGCGCUGGACUGCAUUGACUUUACUGGCUCAGACUUGGCACAUUGUUAAGGAAAUUGUUAGGGAAAUUAAUACCAUACCCAGUGGAGGAUGCGGUGGGGGUGGGAGUGGGAGUGGGAUACAUCAGCCCGUCCACAUCGCACACGGGGUUUUCUCGCUGGGGCUGUCGGCGUCAGUGCAAAAACAACCAGCUCAGGCUCUGCCCCAGUUUUCAUUCUUCUUACUCAUAUUCAGCGCUGAGGUCUUUCACAUGAGUUUGGUGCGCAGAUUCCACUGGGAGAAGUGAAGGACGUCGUCCUGCAAGGUCUGUUUGCGUUUUUGCUCUAAGUUGGAUGAAAAUGAGGAAAAGCGAGGAGGAGGAAGACAAAAACAAACCUUAAACCGGGCACUGUGUGCACUUAGAGAAAAGAGCCUCAAUCGUCCUUCUUCAGGGUUCAUCAAACAACUGGUUAUAAAAGCUGUUUUUCCUUCAUUGUCCAACAUCUCCACCUCCAGAAAGAGGAGAAACUUUAAUAAUUUUAACACACAUCUGAAGAUUUGUAGUCCUUUUAUUUUUCUAUCAAGUACAAACUGUUCAAUAUGAAGAAAAGCAGCACUGCUGUUGUCACAUUGUGGCUUUUUCACGCCUUUGCUGCCUUCCUGCUCACUAGCGCAGUGUCGGGUCAGAGCGCCAGGGCGGGCGCCGCAGUCGAGCGGCACAACGUGAGCGCCCCCGCCGGGUCACGGGCCACGUUGCGGUGCCGGAGCCGGCGCCUGGCGCAGAGUCAGGACCGCCUGGGCGAGCGGCAGCGCGUCCUCCACUGGGACCUGUUCCAUGGCGGGUCGGAGCCGUCCGUGGAGCGCGUCCUCGACAUGUUCCCCAGCGGCGAGCGCCGCGUCUACAACUCGGCCAACAAGGGGCGCGUCAACGUGUCCUCGACCGCCUUCCUCGACGGAAACUUCUCCCUCGUUAUCAGAGGAGUGGGAAUGAGCGACAGGGGGAUCUACUCGUGUAACCUGCACCAUCACUACUGCCACCUGAACGAGUCGCUCAAAGUGCAGCUCAACGUCACCAAGUCAGAACGAAAGGUGCGCCGCUCCUGGGACGGGGAGAAGGCCGUCUUCGUGGUCCUGCUCAACAGCACCGUGACGUUGCCCUGCAUCAACCGGCGCCCCCUGUGGGUCAAGCGGCAGCGGGAGUCCCGGAACCAGGUGGUGCGCUGGGACUGGCGGCCCCUGGGGGCCCCGUGGGGUGACGCCGAGCGCCUCCUGGACGUAUUGUCAUCCGGGGAGGCGCCCGAGCGCGGGCCGCUCUUCCAGACGCGCAGGAUGAACGUCUCGGACAAGCCCUUCUCCCUCGGCGACUUCUCGCUCACCAUAGGCGACCUGCAGGCGUCCGACGAGGGUCUCUACUCCUGCCACAUGCACCACCAGUACUGCGGCCUCCGGAAAAUCAUCACCUACCAGCUGAGCGUGGUCUCCCCCGACCUCCACCCCUCCGCCCCCGACCACCCUAACGGAAACCAAAGCCCCGUCGUCAACGUCGUCAUAUCGAAACAUGGAGGAUACCUCUACGUCCUGGCAAUCCUCCUCAUCGUGAUCCUCUUUGUGGCCGUUGUCAUCGUGCUGCUCACCUGCCAGUUCAGAAAGAGAGGGCUGGAGUAUCACCUGCGCAGACCUGAACAGGCUCUCAGAGGCCUGGGUGAGACUGGCAGGGAUGGCACGGAGCUCACAAUGUACAGCAGAGGGGAAAUCAGGCCAGACUACAAAAACAACCUCUGGAAGGAACGAGCGGAACUGUCCAUACUGCCCUCUCCAAAAGUCAUCGACCUGGAUAGAGAGAUGGGAAGAAGGCCAUGGAAUUAAUAUGAAUCACUCUAUUGCUGGCGGGUCCAGGAUAGACACGUACCGAUCUGAGGAGGCCGAAAAGAGGAGCUACUGGGAUGAGGAGAGGAGUCACUUAGCUUCGGACAUACCAACAUGCUGUCUCCUCACUGCCACUUUACACACUUCUGCAGGGAUUACCGAUGCCUUGUGUGUUCUGACUCGUUUUUCAUUUGACUUAUUAGUGCAACCAUCAGAACACUGCUACAUACUUAGAGCUUGUCUUAUGGUAUACUUACUAGGUUUUGGCAUAAAAUUAUAUAGAUGUAUACAAAAUGUACUUUACUGCAAACCAGAUUUGCUUAAAGUGAAAAAAAACGUAAAUUAGCUGUGUGUGUGAGACCAAACACUUUAUUUCAAUUCUAAACCGUGCCCUUCGGUAUGGUCUCAGCUCCUGUUAUUAUAUUGUGGCCCUUUCUUACUUUAAUAUUAUAUUAUUUUCCUAUUUUCUACCCAAAACCAUUGUCCAAUGUGGCUUAUGUGGUUUUACAAAGAUUUACCUGUGUAUAUAUAGUGUAUUCUUGCUGUAUCUCUUCAAGGUAAGUACCUUGAUCGAGGGUACGACAGCAGCCGCUGGAUUCAGACAAGGAACCUUCACACUGCAAGGUGAUUUUUCUUCUAAACACUACACCACCUGCUGGUCAGUUUUGGAGGGUGAAUAACAAUACAAGAUGCAAUAAGUCUAAGGUACAAAAGUGGAAACUAGCAGCAUGAACUGGAAAAUGAUCUUCAGCUUUUACAGCCACAGAUGAUUUGCUGUAUGUGCCUCUGCCCAAAAUACACUCGUCAUCCAGUUCAAUUUGUUGUACAGGAUAGAUGAUGGUAUGAACACAUCAUCUAUUCUUCAUCACAGUUCAUUAUAGUACAUGAAGGUAUCGAUGUCCCACGGGGGGCAGCAACAAAGAGAAAGCACUAAGGUAACGACAGCACAUGUGCACACGGUGGAAUGUCUCUGACUUUAAGGCACAUUCAAAACCACAGUGGUCCAUGUAUGCAGACAACAUAUAAUCUUUGCAUAUUAAAGCCUUCAGUAUUAUACUCACUGCAGCAUUAUACUCACUUUUUCCUAGGCAGAAAAAAAUAGCAAAGGAUCUCUCCGACUUAUUUGUAUUUAGAAAUUAGUUCAGCUCCUCUGGUCUCGUAUCUCUGAUCUAUACUGAAACUUUUAUAUUCUGUGACAUCACAAGGGUGUUUUAAAAUAUUUAUAAAACUAUUA